AUGAGUCCACAACAAGAUGAUCCUCAAGAGUACAUCACAAAACAACUAAAUAAAGCUAGACUAGAGAGUCGUCAACUAUAUGCUCAAAUUGAUAAAGUUAAAGCUAAAAUUCAAGAUACAACAUUAUUAGAUAGUGCAACUCAAAUUCCAUCGUUAUCAAAAGAUUCGAUAAAUUUAAAACCUUUACAAAAUUUAAAAGGUCAUAAUAAUAAAAUAGCAGAUAUGAAAUGGUCCAAGGAUUCAAAAUCAAUAUUAAGUGCCUCACAAGAUGGGUUUUUAAUCAUAUGGGAUCCGACAACUGGAUUAAAAUUGAAUGCAGUACCAUUAGAAUCUCAAUGGGUAUUAUCUUGUGCUUAUUCGCCCAGUGCUCAAUUAGUUGCAAGUGCAGGAUUAACAAACAAUUGUACAAUUUAUAGAAUCUCUUCAAAUUUACAAGAUGAAUUUGCAUUCCAACAAAGAAUCGUGUCAAUUUUCAAAGGUCAUACUUGUGGUAUUACUGCAUGUGAUUUCAUUAAUGAUGAAGAAAUCUUGACAGCAAGUGGUGAUAUGACUUGUGCCCUAUGGGAUAUAAAGAAAGGUAAAAAAACUGCCGAAUAUUUGGACCAUUUAGGUGAUGUACUUUGCAUGGAUAUUAAUAAAUCAGAUACAAAUCAAUUGGUUUCAGGUGCUUCAGAUGGGUAUGCAAGAAUUUGGGAUAGAAGAUCUUCAAACUUGGAACAAAGUUUCUUUGUGAGUAACAGUGAUGUUACAAGUGUUAAAUUUUUCAAAGAUGGGAAUUCAAUAGUAACGGGAAGUGAUGAUGGUGUUAUAAGAUUAUUUGAUCUUAGAGCUGAUUGUAUAACUUCAUUAGAUUUCAGUCAAUCAGGUCGAUUAAUGUAUUCUUGCUAUACAGAACAUGGUUGUAUGGUUUGGGAUUUAUUAAAAGCUGAAAUUGUUGGGAAAUUAGAAGGUCAUAAUAAUCGUGUUUCACAUGUUGCAACUUCACCGAAUGGGUUAGCUGUUGCUACUGCAUCAUGGGAUACAACAAUGAGAGUGUUUACGCCAUCUUAUUUAUAG